AUGCAGCCUGGUGGGCAGCUGCCGGGCGCCGUCACCGACACUUCCCGGGACAAUGGCUUUUCGAUGCCCCUGGGCGACGCCGCUGCUGAGGAGGCGUUCCCGAUGAUUUCGGACGUCUUCGAGGUCUGGGGAGGCUCCAAGCAUGGCGCCGCGCGGCGGGCGCGGCGCGGGCGUCCGGACUGCGUAGGAGCAGGAGGAGGAAGACGAGGAGGAGGUUGCCGACGGGGUGCGCCGAGGAAGGUGUUGUUGACUUAG